AGCGGGAAAAAUCCACAAAAACCUGACCACUCUCUCACCAUCAGUCCAGCCUUUACCAAUUUUCAAAUCUCUCUCUCUCUCUCUCUCUCUCUCUCUCUCUCUCUCUCUCUCUCUAACUUGAGUUCCAGGUUUGGUUGAGUUUGCAUUUGGGAAUUGCAUCAAUUUUCAAUUAAACCAGCUCGAAGAGGCUUCCGGAGUUAACUGGACCGAAAAGGGUACAUAUAUAAAGCCGUGGGUUCAAAAGAUGGGAGUCGAGAACUACCAUGUGAUUGAGCUUGUAGGUGAAGGUUCCUUUGGGAAGGUAUACAAGGGAAGGCGAAAGCACACCGGUCAGACCGUUGCAAUGAAAUUCAUCAUGAAGCAUGGCAAAAGUGACAAAGAUAUCCACAAUUUAAGACAAGAAAUUGAGAUCCUACGAAAGUUGAAGCACGAAAACAUCAUUGAAAUGCUUGAUUCCUUUGAAAGCCCACAAGAGUUCUGUGUUGUCACAGAAUUUGCACAAGGUGAACUAUUUGAAAUUCUUGAGGAUGAUAAGUGCCUUCCUGAAGAACAAGUUCAAGCUAUUGCAAAGCAGCUGGUGAGGGCAUUGCAUUAUCUGCAUUCCAACCGUAUCAUCCAUCGUGACAUGAAACCACAAAACAUUCUCAUUGGUGCUGGUUCUAUUGUUAAGCUCUGUGAUUUUGGGUUUGCACGUGCAAUGUCCACAAACACUGUUGUUUUGCGAUCCAUUAAAGGUACUCCUCUGUACAUGGCACCUGAACUAGUACGGGAACAACCUUACAACCACACUGCAGAUCUCUGGUCUCUUGGAGUAAUAUUAUAUGAAUUAUUUGUAGGCCAGCCUCCCUUUUAUACAAACUCUGUAUAUGCACUCAUCAGGCACAUUGUCAAGGAUCCAGUUAAAUAUCCUGACAACAUGAGUCCAAGUUUUAAAAACUUUCUUAAGGGACUGCUCAAUAAGGUACCUCAAAAUCGAUUGACUUGGCCAGCUCUUCUGGAACACCCAUUUGUUAAAGAGACUCCUCAUGAACUGGAGGCUAGGGAAAUGCGUUCAGCUACUGCUGCAGAUAGGGGAUGUGUUGCGGCAUGGAGGGGUGAAGGAAACAAAGUUCAAACAUCAGUUGUGGCUGUUUCAUCUCCUGUCCACUCUCCAGCUUCUUCAGAGAACAACAGUGGAAUAAGUUUUCAGAAUGAUGCUCAAGCAAAUACUCCUGAAUCCACAACAGUCAAUUCUUCCCCAAAUGAGUUCCCAGGAUUUGCAAAUCCUAAUGAAGUUAAACAGUCAGGUUUCCAAAUUUUGGACAGAUUGGAAAAUAACUCUCGUACAGUCAAAGGUGCACAAAUAAUAAGUCAAGAUAAUGAAGCAUUAGCACAUGUUUUGGUACCACUAAAAAGAUGCUCCAAUGGACCCCCAAAUUCUUGCAAGGAUGAAGAUAUUAUUAAUUCAAACCAGUCUUUGAGAAUCCUUUCAAACUUAGUUGCAGCUGGUGCCUUCCAGUCCAGCGGACUGCUUGAUGAAAUAAUACACGAACUUCUUGCUUACACUGCCAUCAUUGUGAGCAUGAAAUCUUCUGAAGUAAAUGAGUUAAAGGCGAAGAGUUUCUCAGUGAUUAAAAUUUUGGUUGACAAUGCUGGAAGCAGCAUUGGUGGCUCAUAUUUCAGGCACUGGGUUGCCUUAUCUGAUAUUUUUUCACAGGUUGUGGAUUGUAGUGAAGAUGCAUCUGGAAGAGUUCUGUAUGAGUCCAUUGCUUGCAUUACUAUCAUGUUAAGAAGAGUCACUCAGGGCCUUAAAUCUUUUUCCUCAACCUCUGAUCCUAAUGAAGCACUGAAACAGAUUCUGGAUCACGCUAAAAGAUCUGGUUUAGUGGACCAACUUUGUCUCUGCUUAGUAACCGCAGGGUCAAGUCUUAUUUCAGGCUCUUCAAAUAUGCUGCGUGCAGCUUGUGAAGCAUGUGUGGCAAUUUGGUUUCUGAUAGAUGCAUCAGAAAAUCUUUGUAUGAAAAGAAAUGCCUAUUUAUUCCCGCUAAACACUAUGCGCCGGCCUUCACCCCAACUUGACAUUAGGGAUCAAGAUCAAGGUUCUUUGAUUGGGACAGAAGCAUCAAAACUUGUUGCUGUAGUUACAAGAGCAUUCCUUAGAUCAAAAGCAGUACAAGUUGCUAUCCAUUAUUGCCUUCACCAACGACUUGAAGCUUCACUGUAUGCUGUCAUUCAGUUGUUGUUGAGGUGCUGCUUGCAUAAUGGAAUUGUUCCAGGUGUUCUAUGUGGCCUGCCUACUUCCCUACCUGUAACUACUGUUGUUAGUGGCGGAGGUGAUGGAACCAUUAUUUCAGAGAUAUUCUCUUUGUUGUCUUUGUGCAUUUCGUCUCAAAAUAAAGAUCCCCAAGCAGUUGAGACAACCACCUUCAUGAGCAAAUUAACCAAUCCCACUACCUUGGUUCUGCAUUCAUGCCUCAUCCUUGCAACAGUUGCACAAUGUUUGAAGGCAACUGGAAGAAAUUCUGCACUAUUUAUGCUAACGACCUCUCCAAAGAAGCAGCUUUCUCGACUUUCUGUCCUUUCUCAUCAUUUUUCUUCUGAAGAGAGCAAAAAUGCCUCCUUUCAAGCUCAUACUUCAUCAGCCAUGCUGGCACUGGCUUCUAUUUUGUUCCUUGAAUCUGGCAGUUCUGUUGAGUCUUCUAUCUUUGAGGUAGCAGUGCCCUUGAUUCCUAAAAGUGCCAUGCUAUGUGAAUACCUGAAGCUUUCAUCAGGCAAAGGAAAUGAAUUGCGUUUGAAUGGCCCCAGUGGUGCUCUCUCAUACUGGCAUGGUCUAAGGGAUGGAUGUGUUGGCUUGCUGGAGUCCAGACUGAGGUGGGGAGGACCCUUAGCUGUUAAACAGCUGUGUGCAAGCAAUAUCCCUCUGCUUCUAGUGGAUUUGUUAGCCAACAACCAACCAGAAGUUGACAGCACCAAUGAUCAAGUUGGGCUUUCCCCUAUAGGAGUCGUAUGGACAGUAUUGUCAAUAUGUCAGUGCCUUUCCGGUGGAGCCUUAACUUUUCGGCAGAUUCUGCUUAGAUGUAAUCAUAUCAAGCUCAUCUCUGACUUGAUAUCUGAUAUGCAUCUCAAGCUUGUAAAGUCCUGGGUUGGGCCUGGUGGAGGGAAGGAUGGUGUAAGAGAUAUAACAAACGCAGUAAUUGAUGUCUUGGCAUUUCCUUUUGUGGCCGUACAGAAUGUUCCAGGAUUGCCAUCAACCACUGCUUCAGUGAAUAGUGGGGCCCUUCUCAACCUGGGUUCACCAGGUGUGAGAGUUGGCAUGGAAGACAAAGACAUGGUGAAAGUAAUUGAAGAAGACCUUGGAAAGUAUAUUAAAAACCUUUUGGAGGUAGGAGUGCCAGGCAUCAUUCUUUGGUGUUUAGAGCACUUGGACUUAAAGGAUAUGGGAAGGCCUGUGGCCUUCCUUGCAAAAAUGAUUGGUUACCGACCAUUGGCAGUUCAACUUGUGGGUAAAGGCUUGUUGGAUCCUAAAAGGAUGAGAAGAUUGCUCGACUGUUCAAGCCCAAGAGAGGUGAUGCUGGAUGUUCUGAUGAUUGUUUCUGAUUUGGCUCGCAUGGACAAGGGAUUCUACGAAUACAUUAAUGGAGCAUCUGUAUUGGAGUUCUUCAAGGAAUUUCUUACCCAUGAAGAUCCUAAUGUGCGCUCAAAGGCUUGCAGUGCUCUAGGAAAUAUGUGCCGGCACAGCUCCUACUUUUAUAGUUCCCUAGCAAGGCAUCAAAUCAUUGGUCUCCUUAUUGAUCGAUGUUCUGAUCCAGAUAAACGGACACGGAAAUUUGCUUGCUUUGCUAUUGGGAAUGCUGCCUACCAUGACAAGAUAUUAUAUGAAGAGCUACGAAGAUCUAUACCCUCUCUUGCGAAUUUGUUGGUUUCGUCCGAAGAAGACAAGACUAAAGCAAAUGCUGCAGGUGCACUAAGCAAUCUCGUCCGCCACUCCGACCAGCUUUGCGAAGAUAUUGUGUCUAAGGGAGCCAUGCAGUCUCUACUGAAGUUGGUGGCUGAUUGUUCUGUGGUGGCACUCAACCCGCCGGGUAGGAAAGAUUCAGUAAACGAGUCACCUCUGAAAAUAGCUCUGUUCUCAUUGGCAAAGAUGUGUUCGCAUCAGCCCUGCAGACAAUUCCUCCGUUCAUCACCGCUGUUCUCUGUGAUCGGACGCCUUCGGCAAUCUCCGGAAUCAACAAUUGCCAACUAUGCCUCCCUUAUUUUCACCAAAGUUGCUGAUUCUUGAUACAGAUUAAGGCUCAUUACCACUAAUCAGCAGAUCGCCUUCACCGGCGAAUUUCGAAAAAUGGGGCUUGCAAAUGCAAGAAAGUUGGCUGACUUUGAGGUAUGUAUGUAUGCAUGUGUAUGGACCCUUUGUUUAAUUAAGUCAUCGGAAAAUUAUUUCUUGUUCAUUCUUCUCUUCUGUGGAGGCUGUUUCCUAAAUUCCCUUUCUGGUUAGUUUUUCUUGCA